AUGCGGUCCGCCUCCAUCCUCGUCGCUCUCGCCGCCCUCGCCGGCAUGACCGCCGCCAAGCGCGACUGCAGAAGAGACAAAGCCAACCCCGGCCUGGGCUGGUACUGGAUCGUCCAGGGCGACACCCUCAACGAGAUCGCGGCCGACUUGGGCACCAGUGUUCAGAAGAUCGUAGACCUGAACGACUUCAUCACGAACCCAGACUCCAUCCCGUCCUGGAAGACCAUCGUCGUUCCCUGCAAGCCUUAG